GAAGACAGUUCAAGUCCCAAGAGACAACGCCUUUCUCAUUCAGCCUUUGACUAUACAACAGCAUCACCAACUGCAUCACCACCAAUGCGACCAUGGGAGAUGACAUCAAAUAGACAGCCUCCUUCAGCUCGGCCCAGCCAGCAUCACUUCUUAGGGGAACGCUGCAGCAUGCCCGCGCGAAGUAGGAGGAGUCCUCCUGUUCGCCGUCAGAGAGCAAGAAGGGAUCGUCUGUCUCGACAUAAUUCCAUUAGCCAAGAUGAAAACUAUCACCAUCUCUCCUAUGGACAGCAGCAAGCAAUAGAAGAGCCCCAAGGCUUUCAUCCUCCUAAUGUAUCUCCUCGUAUGUUGCACCCUGCUGCUCACCCACCACAGCAGGAUGCAGUAAUGGUCGACAUUCAUGAUCAGAUCCAUCAGGGUGCAGUCCCUGUCUCAUACACAGUGACAACGGUGGCACCGCAUGGAAUUCCACUCUGUACAAGCCAGCACAUACCAGCCUGCAGCACACAGCAGGUCCCAGGGUGUUCUGUGGUAUUCAGUGGACAGCACCUUCCUAUCUGUAGUGUGCCUCCUCCAAUGCUUCAGACGUGCUCAGUCCAACAUCUACCAGUACCAUACGCAGCAUUCCCACCUCUGAUUUCUAAUGACCCAUUCCUUUUGCAUCCUCCUCACCUCUCUCCGCAUCACCCUCCUCACCUGCCACCUCCAGGGCAAUUUGUUCCCUUCCAAGCACAGCAGUCACGGUCGCCACUUCAAAGGAUAGAGAAUGAAGUAGAACUGCUUGGAGAACAUCUUCCUGUAGGAGGCUUUACCUACCCUCCAUCAGCUCAUCCACCAACAUUGCCUCCCUCAGCUCCUCUCCAGUUCUUAACCCAUGAUCCUUUGCACCAGGAGGUGUCAUUUGGAGUACCUUACCCAUCUUUUAUGUCUCAAAGACUCACAGGGCGUAGUAGAUACCGAUCACAGCAACCAAUACCACCACACCCUUACCAUCCCAGCCUAUUACCAUAUGUGCUAUCAAUGCUUCCAGUGCCACCUGCGGUUGGACCAGCUUUCAGUUUUGAGUUGGACGUGGAAGAUGGAGAAGUAGAAAACUACGAGGCACUGCUGAAUUUGGCAGAACGUCUAGGAGAAGCCAAACCUCGAGGACUGACAAAAGCAGAUAUAGAACAGCUUCCAUCUUACAGGUUCAAUCCAAACAACCACCAAUCAGAACAGACAUUGUGUGUAGUUUGUAUGUGUGACUUUGAGUCAAGGCAGCUACUUAGAGUCUUACCCUGUAACCACGAGUUUCAUGCCAAGUGUGUUGAUAAAUGGCUUAAGGCAAAUCGUACCUGCCCAAUUUGCAGAGCUGAUGCUUCAGAAGUGCAUCGUGAUUCAGAAUGACUAAUCUAAGAGCACAAAUCUAGUUUGGGUGUUCCUGGUCAUGUGUAUAUAUGAACUAUCCAUUGAACUUACCUAUGUGGCUUCCAGCAUUCCCUUUACACAAAAGGGUCAAUGGACCUUUCUUUGCACUGUGUGACUUAAUCAAGUAUAAAGCUUAUAAUUAGUCUUCACAAUUGUGAGAUUGCUAUACUAACCGUGUGAUUGGAACUCCAAAGAAUUUUUUUAGCUUAAUUUUGUGUGCACUAAAAUUCCUGGGUUUUGUGUGAUCAUUCUGAGUGUUGCUGCAAGAUUACAGUGGAUGUGAUCUUUUAGCAUGUGCUUUUAUAAAAAGUGGUAGCUCCAAACAAUAUAAGUCUACCUUCUAUAGAGCCUUCAGAUACUGUGAGUGGGCGUGAAUGGUGCGAGUGUGUGCGUGUUUGUGAGAGGAUGUGUGAAGUGUGCUUGUGACUGGGUGUGCAUGUGUUUGAGAACCUGUAUACCAGCAUGUACUGAGAACGUGUGUGUGAGUAGCAUUAAUUAUGCUGCAAUGUAUAACCUUGUGUUAUUUAAACAGUACUAGUACUGUACACUGGUUUCUUUCCUUGUGUUUGCAGUCGCACACUGAAUGUGAAGGGUGCUGCAAUUAAUUAUAGACAUUUAGUAUUUCCUCCCCAAUGUACUUAAUGGUGUAAAAAAACCUUUUUACUUGUUAUUCAUACAGAUGUUAUGCUUCCUCUUUAUUGGAGGCUUUUAAGUGUACCUCUAAAGAGUAUGUUGAUUACUCAGUAUGUGACUAUCCUUGUUUUUAUAAACACAUGAUAGGAAAUCUAAAUUUCAGUAUGACAGGUUUACUACUUAUUUUAUCAAUAUAAAGUUGCAACAUUGCACAAAUCAAUUAACAAUAUUAACACUUCCAAUUGGUGACUUUAAUGUUGAUGCUUUUCUGUUCUCCUUCUCAAUUCUUCCAGCUGGGUUUUAUUUACAUUCAGUUGAUUUCUGAUUAGAAUUGAGUUUUGAAGAUGCUGCAGUCAUGUGCUCCUCCCCCAAAAGGAACCUGAAAAGGCACUGAGGGUCUUGUGCAAAGGUUUUUCACUUGGGCCAUUAUAUUUGCUAAGUAUAUACUCCUUUAGUAUGUAAACAUUGACUUUAAUCACUUAUGUUCUUUGUUUACAAGAGAAUUUGUAUACAGUUAACUUGUAAGAGGUUAUGAUUUUAUUCUUGCAACUUCAUGAACAAAAUAGAAUUUCUAACAUUUUCUCACAGAAGUAGAACUUCUGAUUUUUGUGAUGCAAAAAGGGUUGUUCUUGGUCAUUCACUGCUAGAAUACAGUUGUCCUAGGGUAUUGCUUCCUACCCUUCUGUGUUUUCUGAUAGGCCUGUCAUGAAAAAAUUUCCCUUGUUUCUUUUUCUGUCAAGUCUCCAGAGUGUUCUACUGUAGGAGAAGAGUAAAUUGGUACACCAUCCAGAAUAAAUAAUUCUGUGAAAUGGGAGGUAACCUUCAUUUGACUGCCUUUCAAAUAAUAUUUUUAGUUGUGUAGUUCAAAAUAUGAGCUUCUUUAACACAUCAGACUGUUAACAAUUUUAAGAUAUUUCAGUGAAAUAUUUAGGUCUAAACAUACCAUAGUUAAUCAAGGGAUACAAUUUUUGGAAUCAAAAUGUUUUCUCCUAAAUUUAGUGUCAUUACCCUGGUUACAAUAGCACAAGUGGCACAACUACCAAUAUUGCUGUAACUUGCUGCCAGUUUGAGCUUUAAGUUUGUUCUUUGUCAUUUCUGAUGCUUUUGUAUGCUGCUAUGCUUGAGUAUCAGUUUUAUUUUCAGACUGUGUUAUGUUUUCUAUGCUGCUUGCCCUUCUUUGAAGGUUCUACAGACCAAUUACAACUUGUGGUUUUGCCUGUUUCAGAUGCUCUUGUUUUUUAGUUACGCAAAUAGUACUCAAAACUUUAGUCUAUCCAUACCUGUCAAUAAUUAUAAACACUAAGUAAAAAUAUACCAUUAUAUCAACUUCAAAUGAUUAUAAUUUCCCCUUUCCCUAAGGAGCUAAAGAAUGGACUCCUCACAAUAACAUCAAAAAAGUUAAAUCACAGAAUCACAGAAUCACAGAAUCGUUUAGGUUGGAAGGGACCUCUGGAGAUCAUC